AUGGAGGCAGUCUCAGCGGCGGCCAGCAUCGCUGGGCUUCUCUCCGUCGCCGGCCAUGUCGUGAAUGGUCUCAUCAAACUCAAUGGAUUCGUCCAGGCUGCAAAGGAAAUGGACAUUCGAACCGAGUCCUUGAAUGCCAAAGUUGGGCUUCUUUCUGAAACCUUAGAAGACAUAAAGGCUUUUCUCCAGGUCUAUGAAAAAAACCUUGCCUCGAUUAUCGAGACAUCUUGGGAGCCGAACAUUUCUACACUCCGAUCACAUCUCGUUCGCUGCGGAAAGGACCUCGACGAAUGGUCCAAGUCGUACAAGAGCGUCGGGAAGUCAACAUCGAAGCGACGGAAGUUCCUAGACAUCAUUCAAAACAAGCGCCUUCGGGGCAUCUCGGAUAUGGAAAUUAAAUUGACGGCUCACCGCUCCCAAUUGAUUUUUGACCUCAGUGUUUUGAAUGCCGCCUCUUCUAUGGCAGGGCUGGCGAAGAUUGACGCUGUUCAAGAAGGUUUACAUCAGCUCACGGAGCUCAACUUACAAUCAAACGCCACGAAUGACGAGUCAUUGGCAUCCGCGGCAGAGGAAUCAGCCGUUCAGAACCGAAAAUUGAGGGACCAUAUCUCAACCGCUGCGAGUGAUCGACUAAGGCAGCUUGAGAACCAAAUCGAAGCGCAUCGUUUAGAGACUCGACAGUCGCUCACGGCCAUAAGCGACAGUAUAUAUGGCCUGGCAAGCUCAAUCAGCAGCUCUAUUGAGCAGCUCAGUCAACCGCAUUCUCAGACGGGUUCACUGAGAAGAUUGAGUUACUCUUCUCAAACGGAUGGCAGUCACGACGGUGAUUUUCAAGACUUCUUGGGUACUUCAAAAACAUCCAGACCAAUAAGGACAUUUUGGUCCUGCGGCUCGGCAAUUGGAAUGGACGACUACUUUGUUGCCGGCCAUAACGAGGAUUUGGUCCACUGCAUAUUUUGUCUACAACGCUUCGACAUCAACGAAUCGCAACAGCAAGCAAUGCAUGUCGUAAACGUUCACGCACCAGCUGCCUGUAAUCAGGGAAAGCUCUAUAUCUCCUUAUCAUAUUUCAAGUUUCAUUUAUGCGAAUGUCAUUCUGCCCAACGUCCAUCGCUGGAUCACAACGAUAAGUCUAUAAAGCUCUUUCGUGUCGACACCAGCAAGUCACGAGAUAAACGCUUUACAGAUCUUGAGGGCUUACCUCAAACUUUGGACUCGCAGCCGACCUCAAUGUAUGUUGAGAAACAGAUAUGUCAACUGCUUUCGGAAACCGAGUACGUUGAAAAACGCCCGGGAUCGUGCAUACAUGCAUUCAGAGACAUGAAUCAAGUUAUUGAGAGGAUUGCUCAUCGUGUUUUCUGGGUGCAAGACCCGCCACAGCAGCUAAUCCAGGUGCUUUAUAAGGCAGCGGUACUAGAAGAGAAGUUGAACGUUAACUUCAAUCGGCCAUUCCCCCGAAGCUGGGCUCCUAUACCCGAAGACAUGAUCAGAGGGGGUACUAGGUGGACCGGAGAGAGCUUGUGUUCCACCCCACAUCAUAACCUACGAUGGUUCGUCAAAGACACCGCGAUUCGCCAAGCAGGAUGGCGUAAGCUUGACAGUGAAGAGCAACAAUCCUCGUGUACCGAAUGUCGGGGCGCUGCAACUUAUCGUACCUUUGAAGAGGCAGCGUCACAUCUGCAACGGCAGCACUUCAAAAUUCCAGGACUUCCGCCUACCAAGGCUGACUUGCGAGCAUUUUGCCACCAGUAUCAGCCAAACAAAUUUAACGAAUGGCUCGAAUCUCAAUGGAGAGACGAUCUGGUGCCCUUAGUCGCUAGUUUGAACCACAGGGCGCCAAGCCUACAAAAGAUAUACCAGUGGAAGUUGGGAAUACUCGCCCGGUCGGACCAUUUUAUCACCAUGCUGUGGCACGAAGCUGUUGUUGGCAAUCGCAAAAGAAUGCUUCUUUCCUCGAUCGAUGGGGCAGGCAAGUUCCUGACGAUCCUCAAGGAUGCCUUUCCAUGGGACGGCUUAGUACAUUCUAUACCAGACACUUCGAGCAAGAUGGACAUUGACGAAGAAGAUGAAAACUCAUCUUGGACAAGAAGUGACGGUGCUGUGGAUUUCAACUUGUCAGAAACGGUAUCGAGAGAAGAGGAACGGUCCUAUGAACCGCCUCUUGCAAGAUUCAUCAAUUAG